CCCGGCCACUCAUCAUACUAACCAAUAGGAGUGCGACCAUGGAUGUCAAGGAUUGGUUGAAUUCACCUCCAGGACGAGACUUCUACGUUCGAAAACAAACGCAGUCUAGAAAAAAUUAAUGUUAGUAUUAUACCCGAGUCAUCUCAACUCGACGGUCAGUUUUUUUAGUUUACAAUCAAGUAUCUGCAGCAGAAACGUAAAAAUCAUGAAAUAUGGGAAUACCAAGAGCAGAUGGCAGCUGCACUCGUAGCCAACAUGAAAAGCUAGCUUGCUAGCUUACAGACGAAUUUCACUACGGACAAAUCGAGCAAAACAUUUGAAGGAAAGCCCGUCAGCAUGUUGAUGGUGGGCGACCAUGGAGGGAUCUUAUAGAAUGAGUGUGAGAGAGCUUUGUGAGACAGAUGAUCUGGCCACGAGUCUGGUGCUGGAUCCCUUACUGGGGUUUAGCACCCACAAGAUGAACAUAAGUCCUCCCCCUGAGAUCCGGCGAUGGGGUUACCUCAGAGGGACACUACUGCGCUUCAAACGCACACAUGACUUCCAGGCCACCUUUGAUGCCCUGUUGGAUGGGGAAUGGGUCAGUGGCUACUUCACCGGGCUGGGUUCACACCGACAGGAGCUGCUAAAGCAGCAUAUGUAUCGCUAUAUGACUGCAUUUCUGUUGGACAGUGGAGUGAACAUUGAGCCAUGUAACCGCUAUUCUUCUGAAACGAAUGGAGCCAAAAUCACAUCCACCCGACACUGGCUUGUGGGAGAACGGGUGGAGGUGCUGCAGGGCUGUAUAGCAGAGCUGAGUCCUGAGGAUAGUGCGGUCCUCCGAGCAGGAGUAAAUGACUUCAGCGUCAUGUACUCCAUGCGCAAGAGAUGUGCUCAGCUUUGGCUGGGGCCGGCUGCUUUCAUCAAUCAUGACUGCAGACCCAACUGUAAGUUUGUCCCUGGAGAUAAGAAUGGAGCUUGUGUAAAAGUGGUGCGGCCCAUCUCGCCGGAGGAGGAGAUUACCUGUUACUAUGGGGACAGCUUUUUUGGGGAGAAUAAUGAAAUGUGUGAAUGUUGCACAUGUGAGAGGAGAGGAGAGGGAUCUUUUAAGAAGAGAGACCAGUCACCAGAUGACGCUUGCUCCGUGGAUCCUUCAGGACAAAAAUAUGAGUUCAGAGAGACCGACCUAAGGCUUAACAGGAAUAGGGGAAAUGGCCCAAACCCAAAGCCAUUUCUCACUGUAUCAAACUCAGCUUUGCCAAUGAGGAAUACAUUUUCCCAACGGACAAAGAGGAACGCCCUUGUUUUGAGCAAGAUGAGAAAGACUGAUAGGUGGAGGAGGGAGGAGCAAUGCAAACAGGUGGAAAAGAGAACCCAAAACCUCUUAUCAUCUUUCCCUCACCUGAAGCUAAAGGAGCUGAGCAUCUGCCUCUAUCAGCACAGCACAAAUUUCCUAUUAAGCUGUAAGGACCCCUUGAGCAAAGAAAGGGCCCUGCUAUACCUAAUUGAGAAAGAGCGACCAAAACCAGAGAGGAUCACAAGGAACAGCAAAUCUGUCUCUCCACCACUUAGUAGUGCUAACAUAAAUGGACCGGAGGAGAGAAAAGAUGAGGAUGGAGAAAUGUUAAAUGAAGACCCUGUCAUUCAAUUUAAACCCUUUACUCUUGGAUGUGUUUCCAGUGUACAUGAAAGAGACAGCAUGAAGGCCAAGGGACGUAACAUCGAUGCAUCAUCUGUCAGAAUUGUCCACCAGGGCAUUUCUUCAAGGACCAGGAAUAUUCUUCAUAGUCGUCUUAGCAGGUUCCAGAAAAGGAGUCGAUCUAAACUCUCCAGAUUCAACAAAAGGGGGACCAGACUGAUCAAAUCGAUCUCUAAACUCUCUACAGGGCAAAAUGAAUGCUCUGACUCGCUGACACAAGAUGGAAAGCAGCAAAAGGGAAGUGAGGUUGAGUCCAAGGAUAAUACUAACCCUGUAUUAAUCUCUCCAGGUAAACCUUGUACUGAUAAAUGUGUACACAUUGAUGGAGACACUGGAACUAACAUUGACAAAUCAUCACAAACAGAGAGCACGGUGAACAGCGAGACGCAGCAGAGAGUCUUUAGGGAUUGCCUCAGGGAAGUGGCUGGUGACAGGAGACACAUCAGCGGUUCCAUUGCUUCUAGGGCAGGUGAUGUUAGUGCUUGUGUAGCUUCAGAAACCUCAGGGGAUAACAAGCAAAAGCACAGGCAGUCUGUCUGUUCUAGUGCUGUAAGCGUUACACCCUCCAUGUCUUCAGCAUCUGUUAAUAGUCCUGUCUCUCUCCUCUCAGGGUUAAAUCGUUACCUCAGAGUCAGUCUGGUCAGGGUUGCUGUCCCAGGAAAGCCAGAAGUUGAAAGUACAGGUGAGAGGAAGGCAGACAGUACAAGAGACAAAGUUACAGUACCAGCAGCAGCAUCAGUACAUCAGAGCAAAAAACUUAAUGGGAGCAAAGAAAGCAAUAUACAAGGUAAGAAAGGGGUGAAGGAGUUGUAUUUCACACCAGUAAAUAUAGAGAGUGCAGAUAAGUACUUAAAAGUAACAUGUGAUAUAGAGACUGGCAAAAAUGCAGUCACACAGCUUGUUGUGAAAGAACUUGUGUAUGCUAAGGAUAGCCACAGUGAGUAUGAAAUUGAAGGUAAGCAAGGUGAUAAAGUUGCAACAGUCACAUCUGCUGAAGUCACACUUUCCAAAAACUCUGAAGAUGCUGUAAAGAAACUGAAAGGAGCAGACCAGGAUAAGAAACAAAAACAUGUUGAGAGCAUAGCUAAGAUGCAAGAUAAAGAAAGCAGCAUCAAGAAGCAGGAAGAAGUAAUUGUUGAGAGAAAUUACUUGGAAAAGAAAGUGUUAACCACACGUUUUGGUAGCAGGACCAUUGUUGUUAAAGAGGCAAGGGUACUGUUGACUGAUAUUAGAAAGAGUUUGAGUUGCAAGUUUACUCAACAUCCUAAUGACUACCAACCUCCGUGCAGUUACAGUGGUAUAGGAGAAGCUGAUAACAUGAAGACACUAUUACUUGCUGACAAUAAAGAGACAAAGGACAAGCAUGAUACACAUCAUAACAAAAAUGAGCACCCUAAUCAAGUACUUAUGGCAGCCGAUCAUCUAAAUAUACAUGAAGAUACUCAAGAGAGACCAUCAGAAAGCGCUUUGAUUUCCUCAGAACCUUCAUCCAUGUGCAUGGUUUCUCUGGAUUAUAGUCACCAAAGCAACAUUCCCCUAAAGAAACGGGCUUUUCGAGAAUCACUUGAUACAGACCCAGAACAGGAUGUUAAUGUACCUGCAACACCGUGUACUGAUGGCAGUAAAGGCAAAGAACCCAACUCGGACAAUAUGUUACCUAAGCCAAGUGAAAGCAGCAGUGUCGAAUCAACAUUAAUGAAAUGUUCAAUACCUGAGUCAAGUUUAACUCUCAAAGACAAUGUUGGCAUUGAGUCCAAAAAGCGUGGCUCAUCCAAGUUGAUAAAGACUUUGGCUAAACAAUACUGUAAAGGUCUUCAGAGUGCUCAUCGUGGACCAGGCAAAAAUGAUGGCCGAAUUCCUGAAUACAGGGAUAGCACGAGUAAAGUACAUGUUCGUGAGCGGACAAUCAAUGACCCUAAGAGUGAAACAUCCAAAAUUACAGAAGCAGUCAAAUGCAAUAUGGGAGAGGAGAACAAAGCAAAAAGUGACAAAGGAUUAGGAGGAGGAAAUAAAAGACCAGGGGACUGUGAGAUCACGGAUAAUAUUAAACAUGCCAUUAUAGAUGAGUUGUCUAUCUCAAAUGAUUUGGAUAAGAUGGAAGAAGAGCAGAGGUUAAACGUCAGAAUCCGCCUUAAGAGGAAAAGAGGAAAGGAGUGGGCAAUGGAGUGUACAGAUGAGGCAAAAAGUGUUGUGGACAAAUCAAGCCCACACCAAUGCUUGGCUUUAGUUGACCCUUUCAGUGCCAUUUUGGAUACGGUCUCGAUUUUAAAUGCAGAAAUGGAGAGGAUUCGGGGUCAUGGGGAGGCUGAUAAUGGCGUAGGUUUAGAGAAAGCCACCAAAGCAGUUCAAGACGUCCUAGAACAUUGCAGAAAAGAAUGUGCAGCUAAGCCAAGUAAAAGACAACAAAACGCAUCAGCUGUUCACAUUAACAAGAAUGUUAGUACACCAAGCGAAAUUGUUCAAGACCGUAUUGAUGUUACUGACAAGCAGCUGCAACAAAAAUCAUCUAGUCCAAAAAUUGAGACGGACAUUGAUGACAUUAAACCGUUACCUCUGAUUAGAUUGUGCAGGAGAGCUGAAGGCAAGUGGGAGGUGGAGUGGAAAGAAGCUCACAGUGAAGAUGGGAGCACUGAUACUUUGCACAGGGAGCCAAAGAAAUUAACAUCUGUCUUUUCUACACCAGCAAUAGUAGAACAGAUGCCUCUCUGCAAAGUUAAAGAGGAAAACUCGUCUCAAUGCCAGCAACAAAUGGUGGGGCGUUGUUGUAACAAUGGGACAGAGACCUUCAGGGAUCCACAGAGUUUUGAGACUUCACCCUUAUCAAUAUCCCUUUCACCUUUGUCUCUUUACUCUCCCUGUUAUGAUGGGCUGGCAGGAGUUAGUCAUGUCAGUGGGGGUAUUCAAGCAAAAGCGAAUGUAAGGGAGCAUGUGUCAGACACUCUCGAAAGUUUUAAGACUGGAGUUAGAACUGACAACAAAGGAAGGGAUGACAGUUGCUUGAGCCACAAUUUGUUUCAGAUUAAUAAAAGUCUGUCAAACUUCCAGGCUCUUAGCCAGUCACAUGUAUUUGAGAAAAGUGUGCCUACUAACACCAGUGCAACCUCCUCUCAGAUUCAGUCUCCUUCCAUUUCUCCCUUUACCUCAGAGUGUAGCUUUAGUAACUAUUCUGAAGAUGUGCUUGACUUUCCAUGUUUAAAUCUUGAAAGCUACGAUCAGAUGCCUGCUCAAAACAACUUGGCAAGCUCUUUAAUAGAUUACUGUCCUGGUGAUCCACAUAACACUGGGUCCUUCAGCAGCCCCUUUUCCCAAAGUCCCACUGAUGCAUGGGAUCCGGAGACCCCUUACCUAGGAUCACCAAGCCCAGUGAGUAACUUUAGUAGUGGUGAGGAGCUAAGUUUCCCUGAUAUUGUGUUUGCUCAGUCUGACAUAUCCUCAUCUAUUGGUGCAUCUCAACUGCUCUUCAAAGAUAAGUUGUGUAAUACAGCCACGAGUUCUGCUCCUCUUCAAGACCCAGAGAAAGAUCUGUACUUGUCUGAUGGUGAGUUGUCCAAAACUCCCAUAGAGCUCCAGGUCCAGGAAGAUUCCGCAACACAGUUUCUCCCCAAAGACUUGACAAUGUUUAACAAUGCCUCUACAAGUGCUAAACAACCUGGGCACCCAACUGUGCGAAUUCAUCCUCAGGAUAAAAGAUUUAACUUCCUUGAUUCCAUUAUUAACACAAAGUCCUCUGAGUCAUACCUUGCUAAAAUUGACAUUAAAGACAAAAUUCAUGGACCUCUCAACUUGCAUAGCUCAAAAGCUAAAUCCGAAUCUGUUUUUCGAAACCAGUCAACACAAAGUCUGCAUGGUGCCGGGCCUCACAGUAACCUUGUUACACCCUUCCAUUCACUUCACGCAGGAAAUAAGUCAACUUCACUUGCUGAUUAUCCAGGUGCAUUCAAUUCUGGUAAUGCACUUUUUAGUAGCAAUGACAAGAAGCUUCCUUUUUUUCCAUACCCCAAGAAUGUCAUUAAAGCAGAGGAAGGUCAGAAUGCUUGUCGAAUUUCUGUGCCUGCAGGCAACUCGAAAUCUCUCAACAACAUGGAAAGCAUCUAUGCUUGUCCGGGUCCAUCAAGUUCUCACAGUGGAAAAGAGUAUUCUGCUAGAUGUCCUAAUGCGGAGUUCUCAAGAUUGGCUGAAAAUCUGCAAAAAACCCCAAAGAACAUCGCGUCCAAACAGUACCCUGCUAAUCCUGGUCUACAAGGUGAUCGCAUUCACCCUGUUUAUUUCAUCAGCUCUAGCAAAACCAAUACAAACAUCUUCAAGAACAUAAAGCCCCAGAUCUCAAGGAAUGAUAAAGAUCCAUCCUUGCCCUCCACAUAUUUAUUUCCCUCAGCUCAAGGUUCUCAAUGUUACAGUACAACUCAAAGCAAAUUCUCAAAAUUGGAAAAACCCCAUGCCGUUGUGGCUCCCACUCAAAACACUCAACUUUCUGGAGUGUCUUCUGUCCAGCCCAAUAAGAAUCAGAUGUGUUCAAACAUUUCUCACUGUAAUUCUUCGGAUUUCAACUUCAGCUCCACUCUUUCUCCUCCUCCAUCGCAGCACAGCAGUACUCAUCUGGGAUACAGAGAAUCCUCCAUCCCUGGGGUCCCUUUGAUUAAAACUCAGUCAACCACCUUUGAACACGGUCAACCUCCUCACCAGUCUUACAUAGUGAACUUUACCGGAGAUCAUUCUGUGACUCUGGGGUAUAGUGAGAAUGGUGAAAGUUUGAAUUAUACUGGUUCAGGACCUGCAAAUUACACUUACCAUUGUCUCAUGGAGCCAUCGGGAACUCAAGGAAGGCUGGUUGUAGAAGCAUGUGGUCACUCAAACUUCUCACCUUCUCCCUCUGCGAGUAGGUUUGCAGGGUCUAAAGUCCACGGGGGCCAAGUCGGUAAGGAUCAGCAGCAUCAGGGGACUGGAACUCACCCAUGUAAUUCUCUACACUUCUCCACCUCUCACUCGCAAAGCACCCCCAUAAUGGAUCGCAAGCCUAAGAGACUUAGGCUUGUGGUGACUGACGGUACAGUGGAUCUGGACCUACAGUAUACUGAUUAAUGUCACUAACAUGCUGAGACUUUAUUUAUUUAUAACAACUUCAGUGUAAGAGGUUCUUUUUGUUUUCAUUACACUGAAAACUAAAUUUAUGAUUUCUGUAAAAUGUCCUGUUCCUUAGCAUCAAAAGAGUUUUCUUUAAAUAUUUAAAGACAUAUUUUUAUUAGCACACUUGCCUAAUUAUUUGUAUGCUACAUGAUGAAUUUUGUUUAGUACCUUAUUGUAGAAGAUACAAUUAUUUUCAUGCUAGUGGUGUCUGUAUUAGAACAGAGGAAAAUAGAUAUUCUGGUGGUCCUGUAAUACAUAAGAUUUUCCACAUGAUGGGGAUGUUGUCUGCAAUGUGGAAAUUCUCUCUUAUUUCCUCCUAGCCUUUUCAGUUCAGAGUUGCAAGAAAAGUAAGCUUGGCUGGCAAAUUGCACCGCUUAGUGGGUAAGCACAUGAAGGACCAGAGCAGAGAUCAUGUGCUUUUAAUUUAGGGUUGUUUAAAUGCCCAUCUGUCAAGUUGAAUAAGAAUGUACAAAUAGUUGUGCAGUCAGUGGUACACAAAGUAUGACAAACACAUAUUUUGAGCAGCUCUCAGGUGUCCUGUUUUUGGUUUAGGGAUUCCUGCAUGUCAUAAAAAAAAUGCAGCAGCUGCUACAUUAAAUGCAUACAAAUCACAGAUAUUCCAGCAUCUUUACAAUCUGUGAUGUCAUUAAUUUGAAUAGCAUCCCAUCAUUUCCAAGGAAAUCACACACACUUUGCAAGCACAAAUGUGUUUUGGCAUUGGAUGCUUUUUUUUUUUUUUUUUUUUUUUUUUUUAUAAACGCCAAGCAUUUAUCUAUAUCAGAUUCAUGGGGUUUGUAUCAUAUUGGGUAUUGCUUUGGU